AUGGCAGGAUACUUUUAUGAAACAUCUCACGAAGAUUGGUCUCUUAAUGGUUUGGCCGAGUGGUGUGCCAUUAAUAUUUCAUGCGAUAAGAAAAAGCUUUUGGACAGCAUGAAAAAGGCUAUUCAGGACGUGGAUAAUGCACCUAUCUCUGAGACUUCCAGACUAAUGACUAAAUCUAUGCAUGCAAACCUAGAGGAAAAUUUGAGGGAAAUGAAAGAUAAAGAAGCUAUUCAACUGGCACAGAUAAAAAGUCAUGAAACUGUACAGCUUGCGGAAAUAAAAAGACGUGCAUGCGGUUAUGGCUCUGGAAGUGAAAGUGAGGAAAAAGACGAAACUGAAAAAGUUGACGAUGAUUCGGAUGACUGGGGAGAAAUUAUUAAUUUUAAAGAUUUUUCUUUCGAUGAGUAUAUUGAUACAUGUAGUGGGAAGAGAUGGUGCUUGAAUAACGGUGAAAGAAUCAGAGAUACUCUAAUAAAAAUUACACGUCAAAAAAUUGAAGAGGCAAAUCAAUUAGCUAAAGUAGAUGGAAAAAUUAUGAGCGUUAUAAGGCUUGGUGUACCACAUCUCCGACAACCACCCUUUCCCUGA